AUGUCUUGGUUAUUUGGUGGUAAGAAGCCAUCAACCGACUCUCAAACAGCUAGUACUGAUUCCGAACAGAAUAAUGAAAAGCUAAAAAAGACUCUAGGUUUCGAUCCAUCAUCCGUCACAAACGUCUCCAAUGUUAUUUCUGUUCCUGGAGGAUUAAGCCCAUCGCAGCUCCACCCAUUAGCGGGGCUUGAGCGUGGUGUUGAGUAUAUGGACUUAGAAGAAGAACAGCUUUCUACUUUGGAAGGUUCUCAAGGUUUGAUUCCUUCUAGAGGUUGGACUGAUGAUCUAUGUUACGGUACCGGUGCUGUAUACUUGCUUGGUUUAGGUUUAGGUGGUUCUUAUGGGUUUUUCGAGGGUUUGAAGAACAUUCCACCAAACUCUCCAGGUAAAUUACAAUUGAAUACAGUUCUAAAUCAUAUCACAAGAAGAGGGCCAUUUUUGGGUAACAAUGCUGGUGUCCUUGCCUUAACCUAUAACUUGAUCAACUCUACAAUUGACUCUUUAAGAGGAAAACACGAUGUCACAGGAUCAGUCGUCGCUGGUGCUUUGACCGGUGCUGUUUUCAGAUCCUCGAGAGGGUUGAAACCAAUGGCUUAUUCCUCUGCUUUGAUGGCAGCUGCUGCUGCGGGAUGGUGCGGAAUCAAGUCGGUCGUCUUAUGA